AUGUCUCUCCGCGUCAUCUUCUCGGCUUCUGCCCUUUUCGCCGCUGGCCUUUGCGCCCCUGCCCCGGCACCAACAGCUGCCCCUGAUGUGACAGCCACGCUCGAGGGCAACCCGUUUGAAGGCGUCGAUCUGUGGGCCAACGAGUACUACGCUUCAGAAAUCCACAGCCUGGCCGUGCCUCAGCUUUCCGGGGCCUUGGCUACGGCUGCGGCCAAGGUCGCGGAGGUGCCAACGUUCCAGUGGAUUGACACUUUCGCCAAGAUUGAUUCGAUUGCAGACACUCUGGCAGACAUCAGAGCGGCCAAUGCGGCCGGAGGCAAUUACGCGGGACAGUUUGUCGUCUAUAACCUCCCUGACCGUGAUUGCGCUGCUGCCGCGUCCAACGGCGAGUAUGCAAUCGACGACGGCGGCGAGGAGAAGUACAAGGGGUACAUUGACAAGAUCCGAGCGCUGUUCGUCGAAUACUCGGAUAUCCGCACCAUCCUCGUCAUCGAGCCUGAUUCAUUGGCAAACCUUGUCACCAACCUGAAUGUCGCGAAAUGCGCAAAUGCCCAGCAGGUCUAUCUCCGAAGCACCAACUACGCCAUCACCCAGUUGAACCUUGACAAUGUGGCCAUGUAUCUCGAUGCUGGUCACGCAGGAUGGUUGGGAUGGCCAGCGAACCAGGCCGGAACAGUCGACCUGUUUGCCAAGGUCUACAAAGACGCCGGAUCUCCCAAGUCUCUCCGUGGACUCGCGACCAACGUCUCCAACUACAAUGCCUGGAGCCUGUCCAGCGCCCCCUCGUACACCACCCCCAACGAGAACUACGACGAGCAGAAGUACAUCAACGCCAUCGGGCCCAAGCUUCAGUCAGCCGGCUGGUCCGGCGUCAAGUUCAUCGUCGACCAGGGCCGCUCCGGCAAGCAGCCCACCGGUCAGCUCGAAUGGGGACACUGGUGCAACGCCGUCGGUACAGGCUUCGGCCCCCGACCAAGCACCAACACCGGGAACACUCUCGUCGAUGCCUUUGUGUGGGUUAAGCCCGGUGGCGAGGCCGAUGGUACCAGCGACACGAGCGCUGAGCGCUAUGAUCACAACUGCGGCUAUGAGGAUGCGUUGAAGCCUGCUCCCGAGGCGGGAACUUGGUUCCAAGCUUACUUCGUGCAGCUUCUUAACAACGCCAACCCCUCUUUCCUUUAA